UACCACCAAUAGUAACAGGCUUUAAAUCGACAGUAUUUCAUCACGGAAUGGCUUACCAGUGAUACUUAGGGCUCAGAAAAAAUGUAGAGUAACCGUUUAAGUAUAACAGUUUCUACUGCAGAGAGAGCGGCUGAGACCAUGUCCAGACGGAAGGGACGGAUAGGGAGCUUCUUGUAACUACCAUUUACUGGCGCAACACGAAAAUGAUCAGGAGAUAGACUUUGAUUGUGACACGCAAUUUUGUGAAUGGAUAAUCCGUGACAUGUAUACUAUUUUAAGUUAAUCUAUUUACCUUAGGAUAUUUCACCGUUAUAAGUGGCCAAUAAAGGUUGAAGAAAAACAACAAUGGACAUGUUUAACUGACACCAACCUUUGCGGACGUCUACCAAUUGUUUACAAUGACAUCUACUGUCUGCUGAUAUAACAGCAGUGUCAUCUAAUUCCAGGAUGGAUCUAUUCCUGUAGGGGAUAAUAAACUACGCCAUGCAACAGGAAAAAAAGAUGAAAAAAGGCACCGUGGACAGAUUGAAAAUAAAAGGGACGCCAGCUCCCCGGAACACCCCGACGUCGCCGUUGUUGUCAAUGUCAAAAGCAAACAGGGCGACUAAUCCGAGUGUGGCAGCCGUUGAUAGGUCAUAUGAGUUCAUCUUGCGCAAAGCAAACAGAAAGGCUUUGGAGCAGAUGCCAGCAGGGCCUAGCCAUAUCACAAGACGCAUGGAUUUCCUAAACAGAAUUCAGAGUGCCAAUUUUGGAAUAUCGACAAUGGAUUCUCCCUACAUCACUAGUGAAGAGACAGUUGUCGACGACCGGCCUAAAUUUGUUCUUUGUGGACAGCCACUAAACGGAUAUUCUCCAAAAUCGUUUAUAAAGUACUUUAGUGAUCAACGAGUGGGGAAUUUUAAAACAUCGGCACAUGAAAUAUAUCGGGCGCGUCACAAUAUUAAAACCAGAGCUCGCAGUGAACCGACAUGGAGAACAACAGACAAACAAAAUGGUGACAGGUCCUCAGCAAAAACUGAUUUCAAAGACACUAGGAGUAUACAUUCAUCAUCAUUAAUCUCUGUUCCCUCCUUGGCUAGUGAGAGUGUAACUCUUCCCGCUAUGAGACCAUCGCCAGUGGAUAAGGCGAAGUCGUCCUUCGAAUUAAAAGGGAGAAGUUUCAAACCUGUCAAUGGCUUAAGUCUAGGAUUUCCCUCAUCCGUCAGUGGAGAUUUCAUGAUAUCAAAGUCAAAGUCCAGGGUAUCGAAAAAAGACAAGAAGGAAACUGACGGAACAACUUCCACCUCCAGUCAGCCCAACCCUGGCGGAUCUGCUUUCUUACAUAUUAACAAUGAUCCACAAGAGGUGAAAAUUGCAUCAGACAACGGAGCUGAAUUCCCGAAACACAAUAAAUCGUUUGGUAAGAAAGGAAUACGUUAUUUCAACAAUCCCUAUAGACUUCUUAAGCACAGGGAAAGACAGGUAGCUGUCCGAACACAAAACCUAGACAUGAAAUCAGUUCAGAAAAUAGCAAAUAUGUCUAACGACGCCAUGUCUGAAUCGGAGAAAGUUCUGGAAAAUCUGCCAGGAGGUGCAUCAUCAGAGCAACUCCUUUUAGAAAUGAUGUUUGAAUCGAACAAACCAAAUACUCGUAGAUCGAUUAGUGGAAAAUAUUCGGACAUUGCUCUCCAUAGAGACUUAGACGAAUAUAUGGUUGUGAGGACACCCCCAUCCUCCACCAGAGACUCUCCUGUGAAGUCACACAGGGGGAAAAGUGGCAGGAGAUACCUAGAUGAGCUUGAAGAGGAAUCACAUUGGGCUGGGAAUGACAUUAAUGAAGUAGGAAUCAUAAACAGAAAUCUUACGUAGUGAGGGAUUUAUUCAGUAUUGAGCGAAGUUACUUGUCUGUUUCGAGAGGGAAGUUUCACUUCACUCUAUGAUAGCGAACUACACCUUAAAAUACAAUGUACAACUUUGUCCUUAAAGAACGGGUAAUCAAUAGUUUUUUUUUAUUUUAGAUCAUAGAUGAAAGUAUGUAUAUAAAGUAAUUCAUUGCAAGUUAUGUCAUAAAAUUCUUUUCAAUGAAUGAUUGAAAUCAUUAACAGAAAUUGCAUCGUGACAACUGUUUUAGUACUGCCAAUUGGCUUAUUGAAUUACUAUGCAACAUAUGACAAGGUCGUUUAAUGCUGUGAUAUCUACAUUUUACCCUAUAUAGGUAUUUAAACUUGUCAAAUAAAUAAAAGUAAAAUAUUUAUUAGUAUUCUUCCAAAUACCUAAUGUUAUGAUAUUCAAACAUAUACAGUCUAUCAUUCUGGAUGUUAAUGUGCAAAUCUCAGUAACAAAUACGUUUGAUUGCUGACUUAUAAUGGAAUUAUUAUUUCCUUUGGACUAUCGACGUACACAUUUUGAAAGCGUGUAUGUUUACAUGCUAGUCAGGUUUUAGAGUCCAAAAAUACAAAGCUAAAACAUAAAUAUGGGUUUUGGUUAUACCUUGUCAAUUUUAAAAUAUUCAUGAGGUAUGCGUUUUGUAUCAAUUUGAAUAGACUUUAAGUCGUUAAACUCGAUUGUCAUCAUUUUUGUUUUACCGUACUUUAUUUGUUUAUAUCCAUUUUUUUUUUAAUUUUUCAGUAUUAAACACAUCCCUUUAUUAUUCUCAUUGUUGAUGUACAAUGUGUUUUGUCACUGUUGAGAUCAAUAAAUCGUUAUACUAAACGAAUAAUAUCG